AUGGCGCAGAGAAGAAGCCGAGCAGCCACACUUUUUGUCGUCAUCAUACCAGCAUUGCUGCACUUGACAACAUCAUUCGUGCCUCCCCGUGCUUUGCCACCGGCCUUUGGUAUUGCACAGGUGCUUUCAGCUGCACCUGUCCAUGCAGAGAUCAAUCGCGAGGCCUACUAUGCAGCGGCUGGCAUUAAUCCAGAUGAAAUCAGGGACCAAAUGAUUGAUCAGAUGGAUCCAGUUGAUGCUGCUUUGCUUGGUGCCAGUGACUUUUGGUGGGGAUACGCCGUUCCCUUCUCUGCCGGCUUGGGAUUGGUGUACGGAAUUGGCAUUUUAACUGGACAGGUUGAGGGGCCCUUUGAAAAGCAGGAAGAUGGCGAGGAAGAAGCAAAGAAAUAA